AUGCCUCCUCCCAAGGUCCUCAUCGUCGGCGCGGGCAUCGCCGGCCCAGCGCUCGCGUUCUGGCUCGCGCGCAUCGGAUGCGAGACGACCGUCGUCGAGCGCGCGGCGGCCCUCCGCGACACCGGCCAGCAAGUCGACCUGCGCGGCCAGGGCAUCGUGCUCAUGAGAAGGAUGGGCAUCGAGGCGGCCGUGCGCGCGGUGCUGUGCGACGAGCCCGGCACGCAGAUUGUCGACCGGAGCGGCCGGCCGAGGGCGUACUUCCCGGCAAACAAGAGCGGCAAGGGCAGCCAGAGCGCGACGAGCGAGUACGAGUUUAUGCGCGGCGACCUGGUGCGCAUCCUGCACGACGCGACCAGGGGCCUCGGCGGCGUCACGUACCGCUUCGGCCUGCACGUCGAGUGCCUGGCGCAGCGCGAGGGCUCGCGCGGCGUGCGCGUCGUCCUCUCGGACCAGACGAGCGAGACGUACGACCUCGUCGUGGGCGCGGACGGCGUCGGCUCGCCCACGCGCAAGCUCAUGCUGGGCCCUCUGUUCCCCGAUCCGCGCCACGACCUGGGCGCCCACGCGGCCCUGUUCACGAUUCCCGCGCUGCCGGACGACCCCCGGGCCUGGACGGCGUGUCACCUCCCUGGCCGGAGGCUGGUCAUGACCCGCAAGGACCGCCCCGAGACCCUGAGGGUGUCUCUGGUCGUGCACGGCGACUGCGCGGAGCUCGACGCCGCGGAUCGGUCGGGCAGCCUGCAGGACCGGAAGACGGCGUGGGCGCGGAGGUUCGAGCCGUUUCGCGACUACCCCCCCAUGCCGCGGUUUCUCGACGGCCUGCUACACGCCCCCGAGGCGGACGACCUGUACACGCAGCACAUGAGCCAGAUCAGGCUGCCCGAGGGGUGCUGGUCGCGCGGCAGCGUCGUGCUGCUGGGGGACGCGGCGUACUGCCCGACACCCAUGGGCGGCGGGCUCGGCACGACGGCGGCCCUGGUCGGCGCCUACGUCCUCGCCGGGGAGGUUGCCGGCCGGUGGCGCGACGCCGAGAGGGAGGGGGCGCGGGCUGACUUUGGCGACGCGGCGCGCGAGUACGAGCGCUUGAUGAGGCCGUUUGUUGCGAGGGCGCAGCACGUGCCCUCGCUGGGUUGGCUGAUGCUGCCGGAGACGGAGUGGGGGAUAUGGAUUGUUCAGACGCUGGCGUGGGUGUUUUCCGUGGUGCGUAUCGAGAGGCUGUUUGGCUGGUUCAGCCCUGAGGAGAGCGAGGAGCUUACGUUUCCAGAGUAUCCUGCGCUGAAGGGCGGGGAUGGAAGAUAG